GUCUUUAGGUGACGUCACUUCCUGCGGCUGGUUGAUGGUGGCUGCGUCGUGGAGAGCAGGUCCGCAUCUGUGAUCAGAUCAGGAUGAAGUAUUUAACCAGACUGAGGGUCAGACGGACCUACGAAUGGAGGGGCGAAGCUGUGGGCUUCAACCGGAAGCUGAAGACUCUGGAGUUCCGGUCGCUGGCCAUCGGAGGGGAGGGUGUUCCUCAGACCGCCGUCAGCAGCGGGCAGCACAUCCUGAUCGAAGGAGAAGACCAUGACAACCCGUUUGUGGCCCGGGUGGAGCGGCUGUUUGAAGACGAGUCCGGGCGGCAGAAGAAGGCCACAGUUCAGUGGUUCGUCCGGGUUUCUGAAGUGCCUCCGAGCAAACUGAAGCUGCUGGGCAGAGAACCGCACCCCCAGGAGAUCUUCUUCUAUGACGGCCGCAGCUGUGAUGACGAGGUGGACGUAGAGUCCAUCCUCAGACCCGUAGAGGUACGACACCUGGACGCCGAUGCUCCCUUCCCCGCCCCAGAGGACGGCGGCCCGCUCUACGUGAAGUUCUGCUGGGACUCCAGGACCUUCAGGCCCUUGGACCCGUCUCUGUUUGAGUCUGCGCCUCCUCGUCCUCCUCAGCCCUCCCUGCCCCUGGGCGCCCCGGGCCCUGCCCACGCCGCUACCCCCACCUCCAGGGGCCCGGGGCGCCGUGCGCUCCCCACGCCAGACCCUGCAGUCCUGCGUAGGGCGGCGUCUGGUGAUGUCCACCUCAGCAGAACCGCGGCGAGCGCCGGUAAGCCAGCGGAGUCGGCCCACUCUCUGACCAAACUGUCUGUGUCCAAAAGCCUCAGCGCCAGGAGGACCGGCACCCAGCUGGGGGUCCGCAAGAAGCUGCAGCUCUGCGACGCCGCACCGACAGGAAGCCAAGACGGUCCAAACGUCCCCUCAGGUGCAGAGCCGAUGGUGGCGCUAACGGACGACGUCCUGGACCAGCUGCUGGAGUCGACCGGAUCGUUGGCCCGGAGGCUGGCCUCCCCCCCCCGGACCGCCUCCCUCGCCCACAGCCUCACUCCUCUGAGGAGGACCGACGGGGGCCGCGGCCCUGGGUCCUCGUCCAGAACCAGCACCAGCAGAGCCCAGGAGGCGAGCCAAGAUUCCCCGACGGAUCCGGUCGGCGCCGCCCCGAGGAGCUCCAAGAGGAGGUCGGCUCUGAAGGUGUCGUCUCGGAUCAGACAGCAGCUGAACCUCCUGGAUGUUCGGGAAGAUCUGAGCUCCGACCCAGACGAGGAAGACGAGUUUGUUCCGUCCAAGAAGGAGCUGCAGAGCAGCGAGGAAGAGGAGGAGGAGGAAGAUGAUGAAGGGGUGGUGGUGAAGAAGAACCGCUCCUCUUCCUCAGCAGGGUCUGGUUCUCCUUCUUCCAAGCGUAACCGCUCCUCAGCGAGGACACCGAGGAAGACUCCGAGGAAGGUUGGCCCGCGGACCCCCCGCCACGCCACCCCCAGCAUCCCCAACCGGGCCCAGCCGACCCGACGACCCGCCAACGUUCUGGAAGAGGCCAGAACCAGGCUCCACGUUUCCUCGGUACCGGAGUCGCUGCCCUGCAGGGAGCAGGAGUUCCAGGACAUCUACAGCUUCGUGGAGAGCAAGAUCCUGGACGGCACGGGGGGGUGCAUGUACAUCUCUGGGGUGCCGGGGACGGGGAAGACGGCCACGGUCCACGAGGUGAUGCGCUGCCUGCAGCACGCCGCCGCCGCAGACGAGAUCCCGGCGUUCCUCUUCGUGGAGAUCAACGGGAUGAAGAUGACAGACCCUCACCAGGCCUACGUCCAGAUCCUGCAGAAGCUGACGGGUCAGAAAGCCACAGCGGACCACGCUGCGGCGCUGCUGGAGAAGAGGUUCAGCAGUCCGGCUCUGAGGAAGGAAACGACGGUGCUGCUGGUGGACGAGUUGGACCUGCUUUGGACCAGGAAGCAGAAUGUAAUGUACAACCUGUUCGAUUGGCCGACCCGCCGCCACGCCCGCCUGGUGGUUCUGACCAUCGCCAACACCAUGGACCUGCCAGAGAGGAUCAUGAUCAACAGAGUGGCCAGCAGACUGGGUCUGACCCGCAUGUCCUUCCAGCCGUACACCUUCAAGCAGCUGCAGCAGAUCAUCACGUCCCGCCUGAACAAGGUGAAGGCCUUCGAGGAGGACGCCCUGCAGCUGGUUUCCAGGAAGGUGGCGGCUCUGUCUGGCGACGCUCGCAGGUGUCUGGACAUCUGUCGGCGGGCGACGGAGAUCUGCGAACACUCGGCCGCCGACCCGUCUGCUGCAGGUUUGGUGGGGAUGGUCCACGUGAUGGAGGCGCUGAACGAGAUGUUCUCCUCGGCAUACAUCACCGCCAUCAAGUGCGCGUCGACGCAGGAGCAGCUCUUCCUGAGGGCUGUCAUUGCAGAGUUCCGGAGGCUGGGAUUGGAGGAGGCCACCUUCCAGCAGGUGUUGGUGCAGCACCAGGCUCUGUGUCGGGUGGAGGGUCUGCAGCCCGUCAGCGUGUCCGAGGGUCUGGCCGUGUGUCGGCGCCUGGGGGCCUGCAGGCUGCUGCUGCUGGAGCCCAGUCGUCUGGGGGUCCUGCAGAGGAUUCGGCUCAACGUCAGCCAGGAUGACGUGCUCUUCGCCCUGAAGGCCGACUGAUGAGGAGGAGGAGGCUGGUCUGGCUGACAGCUCUGAUGCAGAUUUAAUUCUGUUUUUAAUGUUAAAGUUCCUAUCAUUGUUCUUACAAGUUUUCUCUAUUUCUGAAAUAUGCAAUAAAACCU